AUGUCCAAUAUCGUUGGUGUUGAAUAUAACCGUGUGACGAACACAAGUUCAACAGAUUUCCCUGGAUUUAGUUCGGAUCAAGACAAUUCAUGGGACUUGGAGAAGUUCAAGGAAACUUUUGACGUACAAAUCGAGAGUUUGGAUGAGCGUGAAGUGAAUUUCGAUUUGGUUCAUGUCGACACAUCGAUUGCUAACGCUUUCCGUCGUAUUAUGAUCUCAGAAGUACCAUCUGUCGCUCCAGAAUACGUCUACUUUUUUAACAAUACGUCUGUGCUACAGGACGAAGUGUUGGCGCAUAGAAUCGGGUUAGUGCCAUUGAAGGUGGAUCCAGAUAUGUUGAGUUGGGUGGACACGUCAUUGCCCGAAUCUGAAAGGUUUACAGAUGAAAAUACGAUAGUGAUGUCGUUGAACGUGAAAUGUACCAGGAACCCAGAUGCUCCAAAGGAUUGUGAAGACCCCAAGGUUCUUUAUAGAAACGCGCAUAUCUAUGCUAGGGACCUUAAGUUUGAGCCUCAGGGGAAACAGGUGGAACAAUUUGCCAAGUGUCCCGUGGUGGCAGCGGAUCCAGAUAUCUUGUUGGCCAAGUUGAGACCAGGUCAAGAGAUUUCGUUAAGGGCACAUUGUAUUCUAGGUAUCGGUGCAGACCAUGCCAAGUUCUCUCCGGUGUCGACAGCUAGUUAUAGACUAUUACCACACAUCCAGAUCACACAGCCUAUCACCGGUGAUGAUGCCAAGAAAUUUGUGAAAUGUUUCCCUAAAGGUGUCGCAGAUGUCAACGAGAAGGGUGAAGCUUAUAUCAAGGAUCCAAGGAAGGAUACCGUGUCCAGAGAGGUGUUGAGACACGAUGAGUUCCAGGGGAAGGUUAAGUUGGGUAGGGUGAGAGACCACUUCAUCUUUAACGUGGAGAGUUCUGGUGCUAUGACACCGGAAGAAAUCUUCUUCAAAUCGGUCAGGAUCUUGAAGAACAAGGCGGAAUACUUGAAGAACUGUCCAAUCUCACAAUAA